CGUCACGUGUCAGUUGUCUUUGGUGUCGGCUAUGUUUGGGUUGUGAGUUUUGUAAUAAAAGUCUAAAAAUUAUUAAAAAUCCAGAUUCAUCUCUUUUAUACACUAGUAAUUCUUGAGUCAGACAAUGUCUAGUUUUCCAGGAAGUAUUGCUUUUGACGAAUAUGGUCGACCUUUCAUCAUUAUUCGUGAUCAAGACCAACAAAAACGAUUAACAGGAAUUGAUGCACUUAAGUCACAUAUUUUGGCUGCAAGACAAAUUGCUAACACUAUAAGUACUUCUUUGGGGCCCAAGGGAUUGGACAAAUUGAUGGUGUCUCCUGAUGGUGAAGUGACUGUCACCAACGAUGGAGCUACGAUAUUGAAGAUGAUGGAUGUGGAGCAUGAAGUCGCCAAGUUGUUAGUGGAAUUGUCUCAAUCACAAGAUGAUGAAAUUGGUAAGGCUCAAUGUCGAACAUAUCCAGUAAAAUAUUUUAAAGUAGUGCCUUUUGAGGUGGAUUCAUGA